AUGCAUUACUCGCUUCUUUCGACCGCCGCGCUGGCCUUCGCGGCUUCUGUUUCAGGCUACGAUAUCUCCACCCCUUCUGACCAGGAUGGCUCAGUCUGGCAGGCUCUCGCUGGGAAGGAUGCCACCAGUUUUGCUCCCCGAAGUUCCUCGAACCGACCGGCAAAGCGCCAGGCCGGCUGGAACCCGCCCACCAGCCUGGCUACCCCAUUGAAGCAGGUUUGGGAUCAUUGCCUUGCCACAUAUGGCGACGGCGACCUCUUCCGUUUCAAGAACUAUGGCUGGGACCAGCUCAUCGCAGCUCAGGGAACCAUCAAUAUGUGCGUCCGCUGGGAGUCAGACACGGUCGUGACUGAGGCUCAGCGCAGCCAAAUAGCCAAGGUGACGGCUGCGCAGUACCAAAAGUGGUUCCAAUGGCUGUACGGCUACGACAACUUCCCCUAUACCAAUGUCAAGGUCAACAUUGUCGGUUGGGCUGUCCGAGACAAGGCGCUGCUUCAGGGCUCCACGGCCGGCCUUGACAUCUACACCAACAAGGAUGGAUCAGGAAUUCCCGAGUGUGCUCCGGCUUGCGGCCGCUUCUUCAACCAGAACGGCGACUACAGCCGCUGCCCCGGUGGGGCGGCGCGUCACUACGACCAGUCGCUCUGGUUGACGGACGGCAUGGGCGGCGGUGCUGGUGGUGACUGGGGCCAGCGCAUUGGCCGCGAAUACUUCAUGGGCGCUCUCAAUUCCGAAAACGUCCACAUUCUUCUGCACGAAAUGGGUCACACCUACGGUCUCGACGACUUUUAUGAUUGGACCCCCACUGGCAUCAACAACUUUGUCAUGCUGGCCGGCUCCUCACAAGCCAUUACCGAGUUUGACGGCUGGAUGCUGCGAAACUGGUGGUACGAGCUGUCGCGGAAGCGCGGUUGGCAGUCGGGUUCGGGCGGCUCUGCACCUCCCCCUGCCGCCGUGACCGCUGCGCCUACCACCACCCGACCCGCUGCCACCACCACCCGGCCCGCGACUACCACUACCGUCCGGCCCGCAACAACAACGGCGCGCCCGACCUCAACACCUCCAGCCACCGGAUCUGGUCCUGAGGUGCCUCGCUGGGGCCAGUGCGGCGGAUCUGGUUACACCGGACCAACCCGCUGCGUGGCUGGCUCAACCUGCACGGUCUCGAACCAGUACUACUCGCAGUGCCUGUAA